UCCCUCCCUGCAGAGCGAAAAGGGCUAUUACUCUCUUUGAGCAACUCACUAGUCUUUAACUUGACAAUAGAAGCUAGCAAAACACAGAAUACACAUAAAAAGGCUUGGGUCCUGGAUUAAAUAAUGGACUCAAUCUUUUCUAUAUGUGGUUCCUAUUUUACCUUAGAUGUCAAAAGUUUUCUGCUCUUUGCUGUAGUUUUCCUCCUCAGUGCAGAUUACAUAAAGAACCGUCGGCCGGGAAGCUUCCCUCCGGGGCCCCCGGCACUUCCUAUCGUGGGCCACAUUUUCAACCUGGAUUACAAGAGGGUUCACGUGAGCUUGACACAGUUAGCUGGGAGGUACGGAGACGUGUACAGCCUUCGAAUGGGUCACAGAUGGAUGGUGGUGUUGAACGGGAUCACGGUUCUGAAAGAGGCUCUGGUAACUCAGGGAGACAGCUUGGCAGACCGCCCGGAUCUCCCUCUGCAGCAUGACAUAGCUCAUGGACUGGGUGUGAUUUUCAGUAAUGGGAAUACAUGGAAGCAGCAGAGACGUUUUGCACUUUCAGCCCUGAGACAUUUUGGAUUUGGCAAGAAGUCCCUUGAACCCGUCAUCUUGGAUGAAUUUACAUAUUGUGUGAAAGACUUCAAUAGCCAUAAAGGUAAGCCCUUUGAUCCACACCUCAUCGUCAACAAUGUUGUCUCCAACGUCAUCUGCUCCCUGGUUUUUGGUCAUCGCUUUGAAUACGGUGACGAGAAGUUCCUCAAACUGAUGAAGUGGUUUGGCGAUGCUCUUGAACUGGAAGCUUCCAUUUGGGCUCAGCUUUACAACUCCUUUCCUGUGCUGAUGAGACGUUUGCCAGGUCCUCAUAAGGACCUCCAGCACAUCUGGAACAAUGUGAAGGACUUCAUAGGGGUGGAGCUGAAGGAGCACAAACAGAACUGGGAUCCCUCCGACCAAAGAGACUAUAUCGACUGCUACCUGAAUGAGAUUCAGACGAGUAAGGGGCAGGCUGACAAUACUUUUGAUGAGGAAAACCUAGUAUUAUGUGUCUUGGAUCUGUUCUUGGCUGGAUCUGAGACCACAUCUACCACCUUGCGCUGGGCUUUCCUCUACAUGGUGAAGUACCCCGAGAUCCAGGCAAAGGUCCAGGCUGAGAUAGACAGAGUGAUUGGACAGUCCAGACUGCCGUCCAUGGAAGAUCGAGCCAACAUGCCGUAUACAGACGCCGUCAUACAUGAGGUCCAAAGGAUGGCCAACAUAGUUCCUCUCAGCCUGCCUCAUAUUACCAGCAAAGAUAUACAGCUGGGGGGCUACACAAUCCCAAAGGGAGUUACAAUAAUCCCCAAUCUGACCUCCGUGCUGUUUGACAAGAAUGAGUGGGAGACGCCGGACACCUUUAACCCGGGACACUUUCUGAACGCGGAGGGCAAGUUUGUGAAGUCAGCGGCUUUCAUCCCUUUCUCUGCUGGUAAGCGGUUGUGUCUCGGGGAGAACCUGGCUAAGAUGGAGCUUUUCCUCUUCUUCACCUCCUUCAUGCAGCGCUUUACCUUCUCAAUGCCUCCUGGGGUGAAGCCUGUGAUGGACUUUCGCUUCGGCAUCACACUGGCACCAUUUCCUUACGAGGUCUGCGUUACCUCCCGCUAAGAGUGGCUCACGAAUGACAUUUUUUUCAGAAAGCAGAUUUGUUGAUGUUAGCACGUAUUAUUUUCACUGUGACAAGGUCAAUGCAUAUAUAAAUAUUUGGCUUAAAGAUAUAUCUGUAGUUUUUUAGGCUAGUUUAAGAGAUUGCUGAAUUGUUUAGUUUAGUGUUUCUAAUCAUUUUCUAAUAAAAAUGUGAAAUAGUC